AUGCCAUCAGUCCCGCUGUACCCACCGGGCCAAACCCCACCACCCACCAUCGCAAACCCGCUCCCACCCCUCCUGCACACGCCCAGCGGCCUCGCCCUGCUCGAGAUCCAGGGCACGGUGCACUUCCCAACGCCCACCUCGAGCGCGACAUCAACACGCGUCGGCAAACUCGUGUUCCCGCUGUACAACCCUGCACUCCACGGCGCCGAGGACGCGAAGUGGAUGAAGAGGGUGUAUUUGUAUGUGGGCGAGAACCAGAGGAUGGUUGGCGAGUGUAAGAAAUUGGGGAAGCGGUUUGCGGUGGUGAGAAGAAGGGGGAGUGCAGAGGGUGAGGAUACGGUGAUGGGAGGUGCAGAGGCGGAUGGGGACGCUAGGAGGGGCGAGGAGCUGGAGAUUGUCGAGGUUGUGGGGCAUAAGCUGGUUUUCUCUGGGCGACCGGAGCCGGUGGGUGGGGGGACAGAGGAGCGUUGA